CGCACUGCUCGUCCACUCGUCCCCCCACUGAAUCGAAACCCAAAACUCCCUCUCUCUCCUCUCUCUCACUCGCCCCCAAACUCACAAACCAACUCAACUACAUUAUCAAAAUUUUAAUCACUCACCCAAAUAAAACCCCUCAAAUUUACCCGCCAAAAAAGCUUUAGUUUUUCUCCCUCACAAAAAUUUCGCCUUUUCAAAUCCCCAAACCCCCAACGGCUAAGCCUCUCCGGCUCUCUCUGUCCUAGCUAGGGUUUCUCCCUCCUCUUCUGUGUCUCUCUCUGAGCUCCCCUUCCUCUACGCGCUGAACGGCGUCGUCUGGGGGCGUCGCUCUGUCAGCCCCUUAGUUAUGGAUCCGCCUCUGAACGCCCAACUCACUCAGUCGAGUCCGCCGGCGUUCUCAAUUGGGGAAAAGAGGCCGAUUGGGAACGGAGGAGAAGGAGAUUUGGGGACCCAAUUGAACAAGAAGCCCAGAUUGGGACCCAAUUCGGAGAAAGAUCUGAGGAGGGUGGCGGAGAUUGUGCUGGCCUUGUCGACUAUGGCCAAGAUUCGAGGGGGCAAGAAGCCCACGGAGCCGGAGAUUAGGCUUAUGGGGGAAGCUAGGUCGAAGCUGGUGGAGCUGUGUGAAGGGUUGGCCCCUAAGGAUAUUGUGGGUAGGGAUGCAAUUGGGGCUGUGAUUGAGGAUGCGGGGCUCAAUGCUAUGCUUAAGGAACAGAGAUUAGGAUUCUGGGGUCCCAAGUUGACGAUUGCGGAGAAAUUUUUGCAGACGAAGAGGAAAGUAAGGACUCAAUUUUUUGAUUUGAUGGAAGAAUCCAAGAAAUUCUCUGCACUAGCUCAACCUGCUACGCAUCCCGCUCACCAAUUUAAAAAAAGCUUCAAUGCAGCAGCUGAAACCCAUGGGAUGCCGCAUACUGUUCAUAUGAUUCCUACAAGCAAACCAAGUCAUGCACCAAUUUCCUCAGGAGGUUUCCCUGUUACUCCGUCUCUUGUUCAUGUAUCCACGGCAACUCCCACACCUACACAGUAUCAGUUUCCCAACAAUGAUGUUAGAGCAUCCAUGGUGUCUAGUGGUUUUCCUAGCAUCCAUCUAGGCAGGGAUUCUACUACCCCAACAGUGCUUAGAGUUGAAAGAGCCCAGUUCAGAUCAGAUGGAGGACCAAAUGCAAAUGCAUCUUCUUAUGCAUCUCAAGUACAAGCAAAUUCGUCCUCAAAUCAUCCACUUCCAUCAGUGAAUGCUCCAGCUUGGUCAGUGCAAACUCAAUCUGCCAAAAGUGGACCAGAACACAAGGUGCCAAAUCAUAUAUCCGUCAAAGUUGAAGGAAGUACUGGUAUGAAUAUGCCACAGAUGACUCCUGUAGCUGCACUGAAUCAGAAUACCAAGCCAUUUGUCUCCCAAUUAGCUUCUGGAAAUCUACCCAUUGUACAUCAGCCCUUGCAACAGAUGGACUUUGUUAAAGCUCAUUCGCUUUCUAACAAUCACAAUGAAAUUGCGAAAAUUAUUCAGAAAUUAUUGCAACCACAGCCUCCUGAUCAUCCUACAUGGAUUCCUCCAUCAAGGGAUUACAUGAGUAAGUCUUUGGCUUGCCAGAGUUGCCAGCUUACCAUCAAUGAGGUAGACAAUGUUCUUAUUUGCGAUGCCUGUGAGAGAGGAUAUCACAUAAUGUGUGCACAAUCAUCUAAUCAGAGAGGAAUUCCUAGAGGUGAGUGGCACUGCAUGAGAUGCCUGUCAUUGAGCAACGGAAAGCCUUUGCCUCCCAAGUAUGGACGUGUGAUGAGAAGUAAUAUACAAGUAAAAGUCCCUUCUAACACAGCUGGAGUUCAAACAUCCUUGGAGAAUAAACUGGGAACUUUUGAUCUAAAGGUCAAUCAGCCGAAGACAACUGCAAAGGGAAGUUCUGUUUUGCAGAAUAUUGCUGGUAUAGGUGGUGGGGCCAGCAAUCACGUUGAGUCAGCACCAGAUCUAAAGAUUUUAAAUGCAAAAGAAUCUCAAGUAAAGAAUCUCACAUCAAGUAUUAAAAAUAUGGAUGAGAAACCUCUUUCUGGAAGUUACCCAUCGAUAGAAAGAUCGGAGGAGAGAUGUCCUGAAUCAAAAUCAGAGCCUCCUGCUGAACCAAAAGAAAUUACUAGAUCAUCUAGAGUUGAAGAAAGACAUUCUGAAUCAAUUGCAGAACCUCCUGCUGAAUCAAAUGUGGUGCGUCCUGUUGAACCAAAAGAAACUACUGAAUUCUCUCGAGUUGAAGAGAGACCUUCUGAAUCAAAAGCAGAACCUCCUGCUCAAUCAAAAGCAGAGCCUCGUACUGAACCAAAAGAAAUUAUUGAAUCAUUUAGAGUUGAUGAGAUACCUUCUGAAUCGAAGGCAGAACUUCCUCCUGAAUCAAAAGAGGACCUUCCUGACGAAUCAAAUGCAGAGCCUCAUGGUGAACCAAAGGAAACUACUGAAUCAUCUAGAGUUGAAGAGAGGCCUUCUGAUUCAAAAGCAGAGCCUCCUGUUGAACCACAAGAAACUACUGAAUCAUCUAGAGUUGAAGAGAUACGUUUUGAAUCAAAAGCAGAACCUUCUGCUGAUUUUUUCAACAAAGGUGUGGAUAAGUCUGAUCACUCCCAACCCCCUUCCAACACACAAGUUGUGGACUGUGCUGGGCUGCCCAACUGUUCAGAAGUUCCAUCAAUGAUAUUCCAGAAUUCUACAUUGAAAAACCCAGAUACUUCUCACUUGGUAGGAAACUCUGGCUCCUCUUUAAGAUAUGACAUCAAACAGGAUGACCAAAGCGGUGCACAAGCAAAUACUGGUGAAAGUUCUGUAGCUAGUGGUCGGGCUCUAGAGCAUUUCAGAUUUUGUUCAGAUGGCUUGAAAGUUGUUGAAUGGAUUGGCGAUGUAGUUCAAGGUGGUGAUGAAAAAAUAUAUUACCAUACUUGUUGCAUUGAUGAGGUAACAUAUCAACUGCGAGAUCAUGCUCUUUUCCAGUCUAGUCAUGGAAAAUUGAUACCCUCGAAGCUUCAGAAGGGUUGUCAUGACUUUGUAAUUUCAUUACAGUCCAUGUGGGAGGAUAGGAAAACUGGGUCAAAGUGGGCAAUUGUCAACAGGUGCUACUUUCCUGGUGACUUACCAGAGAAUGUUGGUCGCCCAUCUACACCUGAAAGCAAUGAGGUCUAUGAAUCUAAUCAUGAUAGCACUGUAAUGGCUGGUUUGAUUCGAGGUCCUUGUGAAGUUCUUUCUCCUGCUAAGUUCAGUGGAGAAACUGAAAGAAGGAGCCAGUUAGAACAAGAGGCAAAUAAUGAAUUGCGGCCAAUCUUCCUUUGCAAAUGGAUUUAUGAUGAGUUUAAAGGGGUAUUGGAGUCUGUUCCUGAGUAAUCCACUUAUGCAUGUAUUUUUUUCUGUGGUUAUUCUUCUUGGUUAUGGAAACUCGAUCAUGCUCUCUUUGAUGAGGUAGCCUAGUGCAAACGGGGCAUGCUUAGCUAAUCUGCAAAGGAAGUUUCAACAAUCAUGUACUGUACAAUAUGUAGCUGUAGCCGUAGGUUGUAUUGUAGUCGCAAUAGCAAUUCAAGCUAUAAUCUUUGAGGCCCAAGCCCCUACGCGGCGCUUCAUUCUUGUUAUUAUGUUAUCGUGUUAGUAUUACUAAUUAGAAAUGAAUAUUUUCUCCUCUGUUGUCUACUAUCCUUUGGAUAUCAUUGACAAUCUCUCAUUCUCUGGGACUGGCUCUAUAGGCAAGGGCAACGUUUUGCACUGCUUUUCCAGAAAGUGCUCUCAAGAAAACGAAACUGUCGGAUUCCGAGGGGGUUGUCUAUUACUCAAGACUUGUUGUAUUGCCUUUUCUUAUUUAUACAUCGAUGCUUU